UUAUUAAAGCGCCACCCGUUUUAUUCUCCUUGCUUACAAGAUCUACGGUUAAUGUUCACGGAGAUCCAUCUGACCUCGGGUAGACGCGGUUAAAAGAAACUCCAGAUCCAAACGCUCUUUUGAAUAAUGCUGAAUUGUUUCUAAAGAAAUGGAAAAAUGUUGAAAGCAACAAAGGGAAGCCUAUCUUACCAGAGGAAGCAUUGAAGGAGGUGUAGAAAAUCAAGGAACACAUGAGGAAAGGCUGUUUGUAAGGAAUUGCCCCGGGAAGAGGAACUAACAGAAAUGAAGUACUACACAGAUGGAUCGGUCAUCUUUUUAGUGGUAGUAGAGUGGGAGUUCGUCUCGCUUAUGCUCUGUUGAUGAUAGUAUUCGAUCGCAGAAAUCACAAGGACAGAAAGUCAUCGUGCGUACUUCCAGAGGAAACCGGUGUGCUUCACGAAAGACUCAAGUUAGUAGAAUCUGUUCAUUCCACGACAAGCCAAAUCUUUGAAAGAUCAGACGAAAUAUUCGGCAUUGGGUUGGAAACUUUUGACAAAAGGGAAAUAACUAACGAAUUAACAGAGCCACAAAGUGAUUCUAAUAACCAUGCGACCCCUGUGAGUCACUCUGCUGCGAUUGACAUAUUGAACAAGGCACAGUCAAACAUGGCUACGUUUCAAAGCCUACCCAAUCUUAGUAAUUCAGGAACAGAAGUGUCACAUCGUCACUUUUCUGAUUUAAACGCGUCAGUAACUUUGUUUUCUAACGUUGAACUCAGUACGGAUCGAGAUGUCAUCGAGCACGAUAAACGGAUAGACGACAUUUUGAAGAACUGGUCAAUGUCCCGGGAGCAUAUUCCCAGAGAUGGAGAUUGGUGUUUUCGAGCUGUGGCAAGGAACAUUAUUCGCAUUACAAGGACAGGAGAAAUACAUUGUCAAGUGGUUGAGCAUUUAACUAAUCUCGGUCUUUUCAAACAGAGCGAAGACAGUUUAGUCACCAAACUGAGAGAAUUAACCAUUUCAGAGUGGUCAGGAGGAAACAGGCAACACUAUGAAAACUUCCUAACCACUGACAAUUUUGAAAACGAAGUUGAGCGGUUUUCCCAUCGUGGUUAUUUUACUGGAGAGCUGGGAAAUCUUAUGGUUCUAGCCAUGGCUAACUUUUUAAAAAUGCCAAUUGUGAUCUUUUCAUCUCUGGAAAACUUCCCAACUAUUCCUAUACUGCCACGUCAACAGUCACGUGGUAUGCCUCCCUUGUUUAUAUCAUUUAAUGCUGCUGGUUGUGGGCACUACGACUACUUCUGUCGAGAAAAUUAUCUCUCGGAGCCAAGAGAAAAGAUAGGCGAAGAAAUAAAGAAGGAAGAAAAACGAGCUUAA